AUGUGAGCGGUAGUCAGUAGAGACGCUGGACAGGCUGAUUAGGGACUCUGGUCGAGCCUUUAGAUCUCACGAUACUUAGAAGCUCUCGCGCGAGGUGGUGCGUUCACACAGCGGGGGGCAGCUUGGGGCAGUUUAAGGUCGCCCCCCCCGGUCGCCAUUUUGUUUAGCGUGGCUCGCUCCACAGGCCCAUUCCCUCUACCUCAGGAGCCUGUACAAGACCGUAGUCCUGGUUCUUUAUGCUGCUGAGUGAGUAUUGACCCCAGCCACCCACGACAAUGGGGAAGUCAACUAAGCAGAGGAGAAAGGGCCAAGUGGCUGCCAGGGCCAAGGGCCCAAGUGGGGCAGGGACAGCGUUGGUCAAGAACAACCCUUUCGAGGUGAAGGUCAACAAGCAGAAGUUUAAUAUCUUGGGGAGGAGAACCAAACACGACGUGGGGCUGCCGGGCGUCUCGCGGUCCAAGGCUGUCAAGAAGCGUACACAAACUUUGCUGAAAGAAUACAAAGAACGGGAAAAGUCCAAUGUAUUUAAAGAUAAGCGUUUUGGUGAAUAUAAUACCAAAAUAAGCCCAGAGGAGAAGAUGAUGAAGAGGUUUGCAUUGGAACGACAGCAAAAUCAUGAAAAGAAAAGUAUCUAUAAUCUCAAUGAAGAUGACGAAUUGACCCAUUUUGGCCAAUCUUUAGCAGAUAUUGAAAAACUUAAUGAUGUUAUUGAUAGUGACAGUGAUACUGAAGAAAGAGGAAUAUUGUCAGCUGAGCUAACUGCUGCUCACUUUGGAGGGGGUGGAGGUCUCCUUCGUAGGAAAGCACUCACUGGAGAACAAGAUGAAGAGGAGGAAAAACCUAAAUCUCGCAAGGAGCUCAUUGAAGAGCUGAUUGCCAAAUCCAAAAAAGAGAAGAGAGAGAGACAGACUCAGAGAGAGAAUGCCUUGGAACUCACAGAAAAACUUGACACUGACUGGAAAGAAAUCCAAACCCUUCUGUCCCACAAAACCCCCAAGUCAGAGAGGAAAGAUAAAGAAGAGGAGAAACCCAAGCCUGAUGAGUAUGAUAUGAUUGUUCGAGAACUUGGGUUUGAGAUGAAGGCGCAACCCUCUGACAGGAUGAAGACUGAGGAAGAGUUGGCGAAAGAGGAGCAAGAAAGACUCCAGAAAUUAGAGGCCGACCGACUGCGUCGAAUGCAUGGAAAAGAUGAACAGGAGAACAAAAAGAAACCCAAGCAUAUGUCAGCUGAUGAUUUAGCAGAUGGCUUCAUCCUGGAUAAAGAUGAUAGACGUUUACUUUCUUAUAAAGGUGGAAAACUCAAUGUUGGAAAUGACAAGGAAGAAGGUGGGAAUGAAAAAGAGGAGGGAGAGAGUGAAGAAGAGAGUGAGGGAGAGCCUGGUGGAGAAGAUGAGGAAGAAGCAAUUGUUGAAGAAGAUGAUGCUACAGAUAGUCCCUCUGACCUUGAAUCUGACAUGGGGAGUGAGGAAGAGGUCACUGCAAAUGAAGAACAGAAGGAGAAACACAAAGGAAAUGAAGAGAGAUUGCAAAGUGAGGAAGAACAGAAUGCUAAAAUAGAAGCUGCCAGAUCUGAGCUUCCAUACACAUUUACUGUUCCAGAAUCCUAUGAGAAACUUAAAUCUUUACUGUUUGGAAGAAUAAUAGAAGAACAGCUAGUUAUCUUAGAGAGGAUUCAGAAGUGCAAUCAUCCAAGCCUUGCAGUGGGAAACAAAGCAAAGUUAGAAAAACUGUUUGGCUUCCUUCUGGAGUACAUUGGGGAAUUAGCAACUGUGGAGCCACCAGAGCUCAAAACAAUUGACAAAUUGGUCCUGCCGUUGUACAGUCUUUGCCAGAUGUUUCCUGAAGCUGCAAGUAACAGCGUUAAGUUUGUCCUCCAAGAUGCUGCACAUGACAUGGAAGAAAUGAUUGAAGUCAAAGGCCGUGCAACAUUUCCAGGGCUAGACAUGCUCAUUUAUUUGAAAAUUACUGCAAUACUAUUUCCUACCUCUGACUUCUGGCACCCAGUAGUAACACCUGCAUUGGUAUAUAUGAGUCAGUUACUUAAUAAGUGCCAAGUCAUGACACUACAAGAUGUUGUUAAAGGAUUGUUUGUGUGCUGUUUGUUCCUGGAAUAUGUAUCACUAUCUCAACGAUUCAUACCAGAACUUAUCAAUUUCCUCGUUGGAGUACUUCACUUAUCUAUACCUCAGAAACGACCACAAGGCUAUAUUCUAGUACAUCCUUUCAGACCAGCAGGAAAAAAUUCAGAAUUACUCUUGGUCUGUGAUAAGAAGGAUAUGGAGACCUGGAAAAAGCAAAAUCUGCCACUCAGUAUUGUGACUAGAUUAAAGGAAAGCAGCAAAACAGAAAUGAAUCAUUUCAGGUUAUCAUGUCUAGCCAUGUGUUUGGAUCUCAUUAAGAAAUGUGCAGCUUUGUAUGAAUCUUUGUCAUCCUUCCAUGAAAUAAUGCAGCCCAUCAGAGUACUUCUUACAGAACAUAUACCAGUGAGUGAAUACCCUGAACCACUGCAGGAGUUGCAUCAAAAUGCUCUGAAAGAGCUAGAGGACAAAGGAAAACACUAUACCCCGUUGGUAUGUGAGAAAAAGAAGCCUGUGCCAUUGAAACUGUACAUGCCCAAAAUUGUGAAAGUCCUCGAGUUUGGGAGGAAACAGGGAGGCAGCAAGGAGGAGCAGGAAAGAAAGAGGCUGAUUCACAAACACAAACGUGAAUUUAAAGGAGCUGUUCGGGAGAUCCGGAAAGAUAACCAAUUCCUGGCUAGAAUGCAGCUUUCAGAAAUUAUGGAAAGGGAUUCUGACAGAAAAAGAAAAGUGAAAAAUCUUUUCAAUAGCCUUGCUACACAGGAAGGUGAAUGGAAGGCAAUGAAGCGGAAGAAGUUUAAAAAUUAGACAUUGACAUUCUACAACAGGAAACCAUGGGACAUUAUAUUUUUACUUUCAGGUAAAAUAUAUAAACUGAUGGAUUUUGAGGAGACUUUAUAUCUUGGUGCAUUCCUUUUGUGGAAAACAGGUUUCUUCAAGAACAGUCUGAAAAAGGAUUCUGAUAAAUUGGUUAGCUGGCUGUAUUUUUUCAUGUGAAAAAUAAAGAUAACAUCCUUUUGUA